AUGAUAGAGGUGUUCCGUUGUGAACACUGCAUCAUCACAAGUUGUUUAUGCUUCUUUUUCCUUAUAUUUUCAGCUGAUAGUAAGACCUCACAGAAGAAAAGGCGAAGUAAGAGCGCUUUACCGCCACAAAGUCAGAGUAGGUCAAUACCACAACAACAUGGCCAAGUUGGAGAGCGCAAGAGACGCACAGCAGGAUAUAAUAGUUCUAGAGCUGAAAUAAGGAACCAGUCUGAAUAUGAGUUAAAGAUGUACCUCGAAGAUAACUAUGACUGCGUGCAACAUACAAAUAGUUAUAGGGAAUUUCCCAAAGAACCAGUUUCUCAACAGCAGAAUACAAAAGUGUCAGAAAAUAUUUCUCCUCUACAGGAACCAAAAGUAAAAAGUGACUAUCGAGAAGCAGACGACAUCCAGUGUCAACCCGCCAAACAGCAGACGUCCGACAGCCAAACUAUGAAAUCUACUAAACACGGCAACUUAGACAUGAACAUUACAGAUAUCUGCACAAAGUCACAAGUUUCUAGCACUCAGCAAAUCAGUGAGAAGUGGGCGAAAGAAGAUAUAAGAAAUGAGUUGGCAAACAAGAAGAAAACAAAGAAAGGAUUUUUCAUCAAUGCCUAUCGCGCUGUUCUUGCUUGUUUUAGAAUUAAAAGUGGCAGAAAAUAAAUUAAUUAAUUCGGACAUUGUUAAAAUUGCGCACAAUAUAAUCUUUUUUAUGUUCUGAUAUUUAUAUGAUUCACUU